CUUGAAGUAGAAAAACUACAAACUGACCGGUUGUCCUUAGGAGAGGGUCCAUUCGGUUUUUCUAUCUGCCAACAGGCAGCCAAAAUGUUGGCCAUCCUGUCUGUGCUGUUUUUAUUCCUUUCUAAUCCGGUCUGUGGCGUUUUUCAGAAACUUUACUGCAGCAUAUCAGAAAGCUGUGACUGCGACUUUAAGCCAAAUAUCAGAGACCUGGAGUGGGAUCUCUACAAGAAUGUUUACGGACAACAUCUGGCCCAGGAGAUUGUGUCAGAAGAGGUGGCCAGGUUCCUUCAGAAUAAAAGCCCCGAGCGGCCCCUGGUGCUGUCCUUCCAUGGCUCCUCUGGGACAGGAAAGACACUCGUCAGCUCCAUGCUGGGAAAUCACCUGUACGGCUCGGCGAUGAGCAGCCCGUACGUCCACCAGUUUGUUCCCACGCUGCAUUUCUCCUUACCUGACCGGGUCAAGGAGUACAGGGAGGAGUUGAAGAGCUGGGUGCAGGGGAACCUGACGGAGUGCGCUCGCUCCGUCUUCUUUUUCGAGGAGAUGGAGAAGAUGCCUCCGGGUCUCAUCGACGUCUUGGAGCCCUUCCUGGGUCCUUCCCACAUCGUGUUCCGCACUAACUACCGCAAGGCUAUCUACGUCUUCAUCAGCACCACAGGAGAGGAGGUGAUUAAUAAAUUGGCUCUGGAGAGCCGGCAGGCCGGACGGGACAGGGAGGAGAUCAAGUUGGCCGAGUUGCGGGAAGCCAUCGCGCGGGCGGUUUACAACAGCACAACAAGCGGCUUCUUCCAGUCCAGCAUCAUCCAGCAGAAGCUCAUCACGCGCUACGUUCCAUUCCUGCCGCUGAGCCGACGCCACGUGGAGCGCUGCGUCCGCUCGCAGCUCUGCCAGCGGGGCAGCUGCGACCGCAGUGACGUGGUGGAGGCAGUAGGGGGCGACAUGACCUACACUCCCGUUCAGGGACAAUACUUCUCCAGCACCGGCUGUAAGGCCGUCUCCGCCAAAAUCAACCUCUUCCUGUGAGCCGAGUGGGGAGGCUGUUGAUUUUUUUUGUAAGGACUAAAAGGGAAACUCCUUCUGAGGUGAGUCAGUGAGGAGAAACAGAUCUCUGAGUCUGUUUCUCCCACAUGGAGGUAAGAGCAGCAUCAAGGACACCUCCUGCACUUGGAAUCAAGAGCAAUUGAACUCUCAGCUUUCCGAAUUCAGUGCAGCUGUGUGCUGUCAGUGCAGAGGUUGUCUGACGGCAUCCUCGGUAUGCACACAAGAGGUUAUUCUCUGAACAUUAGUCCGUGUCUAGACCAGGAGUCAUGCCACGCUCUACCUCAAACCCAACCCUACCGUUAAUUUAUGAACUCUAAAGUUACAGGUACAAUGCAACAUCCUGCGUGCCGCAGUUAAACAGGGAGAUGAAAUCUCAACCUGGUAUUUCCGAAAUGUUGACUUUUCAUGAGCUUGAAAAUGGGUAUAUUAGCUGGAUUAGGAUACAUACUUGGGUUUAUUUAAAGAGUUGGAAAGUGAGCACAUGAACUCACUCAACUUGUGUGAAAGUGUAAAAAAAAAAGAAUCAUUAAUACAAGUUUUCACUCAGCAACACUUUAAGUGAUAAUGUUAUGCCUUGUGAUAUUGAGAAAUGUAAGUAACAUACCAGAGAUUUUAGGGAAGAAAUUUAGAGCCAAUGUUUUGGCUCAUGCCAGCAUUGGCGCUCAACCAAAUCCAAUAGAUGUAUAAUAAAAACAAAAUACAAUGAUUACAACUUUUUCUACCAAUAAAAGUCCUUAAUUAGAGCCCAAUUAUCAGUAAAAGAUCAGCUUCCUCAUUAAAUGCAACUUAUGACUUCCCUCAGCAACGUUUAGGUUUCCUCUAAAUGAUCAGCAUCCAACUUGUUGUAUCAAACAAUAUACAUUAUGUAUUUAAAAUGUACAAUGUCCAUUAGUAUUUGUCUUCUGGAAGGCUGUAUUAGGACUCAAGAUCCUGACAUGUCUAUUAAAAAAAAAAAAAAAAAGUAGAAAGAAAAUGGAUUUACUUGAAGCUAGUUUUGUUCCUUUGCUGCUGUCCAGCGUGGUUGUCACGGUUUUAGAGCACAUCAUGCGUUCGGCCAUCAGGGGGCAGUAAAGACUGAACUUUGUCAAGAGUGGAAGAGGUGAAGCAGAGUUCACCUGCAGCUCAGUGCAUUUUAAUCCAGUUGAGUUUUGUCUAGAAAAUGAUGUUUAAGUUAUAUUUAGUUUCUUUACUGUCAAAUAUAUUGGAAAGGUAUGCCUGUGUGUUCAAAUACACAUUCAAUGUGCACUUUACUUCUUUGGAGGAUGAAAUGGACCUAAUGUAUUAUUAUUAUAGUCUCACUCUGCCUUUGUGAAGGCAAAGUGUGCGAUGAGAAGUCAGUGUGCAUCUGCCAAAAUGCAUACUUUAAUUCUGAAAUGUAGCCAUGAUUUUUGAAAUCCUUGUAAUGGUUUGUUUGAAUUACAUGAUGGCUGUGUGAAGACCUGCGGCAGCAAGGCAAGACAAUUCCAAUGCCAUGAAAAUCAUGCUUAAUUGAUAAGUGCAGUACAUGAAGAGGAUUACAUACAGUCCAUAUUUACUGUUGUAAAGUAGUCCACAGAAGAUUUAUCUGUUUAAAGAUGCCAUUUGCUCUUUCCAGACAGCUGUUGUUUUCAGUUUUUUAUUUUAUAUUCAGUUUUUUUAAUUUAAGUAAUUGCAGGGACAUGAAUGUUGUUGAACCUGUGUUGUACACAGAGAAGACAGCCUGUAAACUCCUACUCCAUGUAAAUUUCAGUUUUUUAAUUAAAUAAUUGCAGGGACUUGAAUGUUGUUGAACCUGUGCUGUACACAGAGAAGACAGCCUGUAAACUCCCACCAGACUCCAUGUAAAUGUUAGUCGUUUUUGGUAUGGCCAGGCAGGGAGAGUAUUUACAGUUGUAGUCAGACUAACCCUGCCAAUAAACUACGUAAUCUCCCUUUUUAAGCCACAACAAUCACAAUCAGACAUCAUUUGUUGGGUUGUUUGUGUCUUUUUGGUAAAUUUUGGCAUCUUGUAUUGUUACAUGACCACUAAGUUUCCUGUGUCAGCCACUGAAGUGCCUGGAUGUUGGUGACUGAAGCCAAAUACAACUUCUUGUACUACAGUGUAAUAAAAACAAUACAUGCAUUUUAAUGCACAA